UCAAUCAAUAGAUUCAUUUAUUUGAAGGCUAAAAUAAAUUGUGAAAAGAAUUAAAAACUAUUACAUGUUCAAAAAAUCAGGUCAGUAGUAAAAGAGGGGCGGUUAACGAUAGUCUGACGGUAAUACGUACAAGCACAUUAGACUGCGAUGCAUUUAUUCAUCUCCAGUCUAAAAUUAUUAUACGUCUAUCGAUGUUAUUAAAAUGUUUAGAUCUAUUUCUCUUUAUGCAUCUUGUCCCCUUUUUCUCCUUUUGUAUCCCUUUUUUUUUUUAGGGCGUCCAAUCGCACCGUCGCGUCACGUUUCCUCUCCACCGACGCCGAUCCCCGCUCCGAUCGAGGAGAACGAAGGGCGUCCGAUCUCCCCGUCGCGUGAAGUUUCCCCUCCACCGACGCCGAUCCCCGCUCCCAUCGAGGAGAACGAAGGGCGUCCACCCGCCCCGUCGCGUCAAGUUCCCUCUCCACCGACGCCGAUCCCCGCUCCGAUGGAGGAGAACGAACCACGCCCCCUCGUUUUGACUCGGACUCUGUCGGUAUCUGGUUUAUUUUGAUCCGUGGUUUAGAUCGAUCAAAGUCAGCGUCGUCAUUCCAGACGUGGACGAUGUCACUACACGGCUUCACCGUACGUCCGUGUUAACGAGAGCCUUUCCUAAGUCAUAGUCCACGACGAGCACGGAAGCCUUUUAAAAUAAACGCCGCCGUCCGUAGCGCUUAUAAUAGUGACGUUAGUUAUCAUAGUAACGUUAGUUAUCAUACGCUCAUGCAUGUUGACAUUUGUAGUGGAAAAUAUGCCACGAUUCCAUAUAUAGUAGGUAUCUGAAGUGCGUACGGGUCAAGCGUCGCCGUGUCUUUGACUAGCGUUCUACGUGUUAGUAGUUAAGAUGAGAUUCCUUUAUCGAUGCCCAAGGGGGAAAUCGGAGCGUCACGGCAGCUCCGGUACAGUGUAAGUACAGUAAACGGAGUAAACGAAAUAGAGCCGAAUCAAAUGAAAAUAAGGAAGUUAUAGGAAAACGUUAACUAUGCUAUGCAACGACUAUGAUACGACAGUACGGUAAUUCCAACAAUGUAAUAAAAACACUAUAUAUACUAUAUGUAGAGAGUCCCAGUAGCAUCGUACAUCGAAUAACGGUACCGAAGGAAGGACUCGGACGGGGCCGCCCGACGCCGCCGCGAGGCGAGGAGCCUCCUCUUUCGGGCGUCCGGAUAUCCGUAGAUCGGUGUGUGUUGGUCCUCUAGGGAAAGGUAAGAAAAAAGAAUAUGAGGCCGUUCCCAAAAAAUAGCAGUGCCAGUAUUUUUCCUGAAAAAUGGGAAAAAAUGUUUGAGGUUUCA